AGUUAACCUAGUGGGAACUACGGGGGGUUGGUAUCGGGGGCAUCCCCCACGCUGCGCCGAUUAAAAGCACACCAAGAGGCUCAUUCCCAAUAUUCAUUUUCACUCUUCACUUCACUGUCAAGAUGAAAGCCGCUACAUCCUCAGAACAAUCUCAAGCUAAAAGGCCCCCGGCUGCGCUUCGGGAAUCCCGUCCCCGGAAAAGGGAGAAAUAUACAAGAAUGGCCUGUUCCCUAUGCAAGGUACGAAAGGUCAAAUGCAGCGGAGACCAACCAUGCUACCGGUGUGAGGAACUCCAUAGCGAAUGUACCUACAAUGAUCCAUCCCAGCCAGAAACCGACAUCACCAACCCACAGUCUACCCAGCAAGAACUUGAACUCACGGUCUUACGAAUGAACAGGAUUUGUGAGCAGAUUCAACAAUCGAUGGGGCGCUCUGGGCCCGCUCAUUCACGCCAGCCCUAUCCACAACGAAGACACAGGAACAACGUUCAAAUCCACCCGGGUAGACUCCUCUCUCCUACCGACUUCCGAUAUAUCUUGAACCUGACGCGAGACGCUAUGAGAGCAAAGGGGUUGCGAUCUCCUCCAGGUUCUAAAGCCGACGGCCUUAGUUCCGUCGCUAGAGAGGAAGUAAAAUCUCCCGAUGUCUUGAUUACCCUACUGCAAGCUGUGCGGCCCAUUCUGGAACUCGGUCAUGAGAAGGCCACCGAGCUUUUUAUGAUAUUUAAGCAUGAAAUCUACCCUCUCUAUCCUUGCGUCAGCCUAGAAAUGGCGCCUGAAGUUAUCAAUGCUGUAUUUUCGUUGAUGAACAAUACCUCCCACGAGGUUACUUACAACCUAGAUAUAAUUGAUGUGGAGAUCUUGAAGUCGGUGUUGGCAAUUGCGUUGCUAGUAAAGGGUGACACAAAAAGUCCUUUAGCCUCUGACCUGGAAGGCCAAUUGGUGUGGAACGUGGACGCUUGUUUCGAUCAGGAGCAACCUCAAAUUGAAGAUAUUAUCAUGGCAACUUUGCUCUCAAUCUAUUUAGACCUCAAUCAUAGGUCAGUCAAAGCAUGGCGAAUGUCAGGAGUUGCCGCCAAAUUGUGUCUCGAGCUUGGUAUCCAUCGAGAAAAGUUUUUUGAAGAUGCCAAGAUGCCCCCGCAGCAGGUUACUGAGUGUAAGCGUUUGUUCGCCUGUGUUUACAAUGCAGACAAGAAAUGUAGUUUCUACUCAGGCCUUCCCUGGACCCUACAUGACAGAGACAUCGAUUUGUCUGCUCUUAUAAUAGAACCAAAAGAGUCAUUCCUAUCAACUAUGAUAUCCUUAGACAGAAACCUCUCCGAGACAUGGAAUAUCAUCAACGCUCCGUCAUCCGCAUCAGGAGGGAACAGUGAACGCAUUGAGUUUCUUGAGUUUCAAUUACAAAAGCUUAUUGAUAACAUACCUGCUGAGGACUUUACAACCAUAGAGCCAACAGUAGCCUCACCACCAUGGCUACGGACUGGACUGAAAUGGUUUUGCCGUCUUCGUGUUAACCAUAUCAAAAUGCUCACCCACAUUGGCACUUCGGGUUCGAUCAGGGAUGUGAUCUAUCAACCAAAGUCGGCUAAGGCUCUAGUCAUCUUAGCCACAGACUCUGUGGAUCUCUAUCUGGAAAUGAUGAAAGCUGGUGAAAUCAGUCCACUUGUUCUUCCCUCGGCCAUCAAAUUCCUUCUAGCUUCUCUAUCUGUCAUGGUCUUUACGGUCUCACACUGUGCUGAGGAUUACGGACCGUUGUCGAGCAAGCCCUUCUACAAUGCUCUUGAUAUACUCAGUGGCGUGCAGGACUGCAUCGAAGAUCCGGAUAUAAACAUCUGGAAGACGUUAGAGGAGCUUGAAAAGAUUGCUCAAACUAUUCAAAUGUCACCCUCUAAGCGGUCAGGGCCCUUGAUUAGUCGUAAGGAAGGCACCGACAACCCCGUCUAUAAUGGGGAGCCUUUUGGCGAGGGAUACGUAUUGGACGGGCUUCGUACGCCGGACUCAGAAUUCUUAUCCAUGUUGGGAGAUGUCAGCAUGGCAGCAACUGAUAUGUUAUAUGUCGACAGUGUGUUUGACUAGCUGCGGCAAAAAAUGUUCAAACCUGGACACCCUCCCCUUGCCUGUGUGCAAUGAUCGCCAUAUGCAAGUCCUUGGAUCUCAUGAUAAUUAAGGCCUAGGUAGCUUAGUUAUCGGUCAAUUUUGCCUUCUUUUAGCCAAAUAACAUGAGCUUUCGUUCAGUGGUUGUAUCUACGACUGGUGGGAACCAAUUCUGAACUUCAUGUGAGCUUAGAAUUAUCCUCCUUCAGCUAUACAUGAAUAUUUAUAUACACAUAUGAUAGCUUUUAUCUGCAUAUACC